AUGGAUGACCAAACCUUUGAUGUCGAGAACUCCAAUGUCGUCACCUACCUGGAACUCUGCGACAUCGCAGUAUCUCUACGAGGGCAAAUUACAACUGCAGAAGCGUCUCUCUUGAGAGAUCGAGCCGCUGCACUUCGCGUACAACUUGAAGAACUCGACAAUCUUGUCCUAUGUCAGACGGACCGGAGGAUUCAACAAAGCACAUAUCAAGCCAUGCUUUCAGACUUUCCGGAAGUGGACUGCCUCCUUGACCAAGAGACCUCAUGUGCAAGCAGGGAUGGGCGAAGUGAUGGGGGAUUGGUCUCUGGCAAUAUGGCUCUGAGGACAUCUGGCAAGGAUGGCUUCUACGAUGACCAUCGGGUCGACCCCCACGGCAACACCCAGCUCAAUGAAUACGUCGAGAAAAUGAUAAUUGACGAAACACAGCCCGCGAGGGAGUGUUAUGUCUGUAUCGAGAACUUGCCGCACUCUGCAACCAUGAAAGUCGGCAACUGCCCCCAUGUCUGGUGUCGCCAGUGUUUAGUGCGCAGAUUCGAGAUGGCGCUGAAAAAUGAAGACCACUAUCCCGUGCGCUGCUGUGGCGAACUAACCAGCAUCUCAGUCGAAGAACCCCAAGUUGCUGCUGUCCUCGGGGAGAAAAUGAAGACCGAUCUAGCUGCAAAAAUUGUCGAGUACGGAUCCCGCGACCGGACUUAUUGUUACGUGCCAACAUGCUCUACCUUCAUCGAUCCAAGCACCAUCAUGGGCACUGAAGCCACCUGUCCGUCCUGUCAAGAAUCAACUUGUACAACUUGCAAGGCACAGAACCAUGGAUCAACCGAAUGCACCCCUUCCCAUGAUGAGGCUUUUGACCAAUGGCGAGAGGAGAGUGAAGCAGCAACUUGCCCUGCGUGCCACAGAGUCAUCAUUAUCUCCCACGGCUGUAACCAUAUGAGAUGCCACUGUGGAACUGAGUUCUGCUACGAAUGCAACGACCCGUGGAAGACCUGUGAGUGUGAAAUCUGGGAUGAGCGCCGGCUUUUGGCAAGAGCCGCUGGUAUCGUUGAGCACGAAGGGCGCCCUGCGGAUAUCGAGCAAGUUGCAGAAGGGGUACGCGAGGAGCGUGAAUGUCGACAUGACCACUGGACACGCGUCGACGUUCGUUCUGAGGUAUUGGAGGAAAAUCGUCGUUGUGGUGGGUGCGCUUGGGCGGCUCAGAUCUUUCUCUGGCGGUGUGAUGGCUGCGGGGUGCGCCUGUGCUCUCAAUGUUACAACGACAGCGUCGGCGAGGAGGACUAG